AUGUCGGCCGCCGUAGAGCGGCGUUUGGCCGAGUUCCGCGCCGCCCGCGGUAGCGCCGCUGCUGCCGCCUUGCCGCGCCCCGCGGGGCGGCCGGAAAAGGCCGCGGCUCCAGAGGCCGCCGAGGGACAGCGGGCCGCCGCGGCGGGCCCGGGCGGCGGCGCCCAGGCCCCUCCCGGCGGGGCGGCGGCGGCGGCGGCUCCGGUGUGGGCGCGUCCGCUGCUGCUGAAGGUGCUGCUGUGGGCGGUGCUGCUGGCGCUGUUCGCGGAGCUGGAGCUGGGGCUGCCCUACUUCCUCAUCUCCCUGCUCUACUGGAUGUACGCCGGCACCCGCGGCCCCGCCGAGCGGCGGCGGGGCGAGCUGAGCGCCUACUCCGUCUUCAACCCCGGCUGCGCCGCCAUCGCCGGGACUCUGACGGCCGAGCAGCUGGAGCGGGAGCUGCAUUACCGGCCCGCCGCCGGGAGGUAG